UCUCCCACCCCAACCAACCUCCUCCCCGCCGUCCCCAAAGUAAGUGCGAAGCGAGAUCGUCGUCAAGGCGGCCCGGCCGGCAGCAUGGACGAGCAGUCGCGGAUGCUGCAGACGCUGGCCGGCGUGAACCUGGCUGGCCACGCGGUGCAAGGGGGCAUGGCUCUGCCGCCUCCCCACGGGCACGAGGGCGCCGACGGCGACGGCCGCAAGCAGGACAUUGGCGACAUCCUGCACCAGAUCAUGACCAUCACCGACCAGAGCCUGGACGAGGCGCAAGCGAAAAAGCACGCUCUCAAUUGCCAUAGAAUGAAACCGGCUUUGUUCAGCGUCCUGUGUGAGAUCAAAGAGAAAACAGGUCUGAGCAUCCGAGGGGCGCAAGAGGAAGACCCCCCCGACCCUCAGCUCAUGAGGUUGGACAACAUGCUUCUUGCAGAGGGAGUCUCCGGUCCCGAGAAAGGCGGGGGGUCAGCGGCAGCGGCGGCGGCGGCGGCAGCUUCGGGCGGGACUUCAGAUAAUUCUAUCGAACACUCCGAUUACCGAGCCAAAUUGACGCAGAUCCGACAGAUCUACCACACCGAGUUGGAGAAAUAUGAGCAGGCGUGCAAUGAAUUCACCACCCACGUGAUGAACCUCCUGCGAGAACAGAGCCGAACGAGGCCCAUUUCCCCCAAAGAGAUCGAAAGGAUGGUGGGCAUAAUCCACCGGAAAUUCAGCUCCAUCCAGAUGCAGCUCAAGCAAAGCACUUGUGAAGCCGUCAUGAUCUUGAGAUCCCGGUUCCUUGAUGCCAGGCGAAAAAGGCGCAACUUCAGUAAACAAGCCACAGAAAUCCUGAAUGAGUAUUUUUACUCGCACCUCAGCAACCCCUACCCCAGCGAAGAAGCCAAAGAAGAGCUGGCCAAGAAAUGUAGCAUCACAGUAUCCCAGGUAUCCAACUGGUUUGGCAACAAGAGAAUCAGGUACAAGAAAAACAUCGGGAAGUUUCAAGAGGAAGCCAACCUUUACGCUGCCAAAACGGCCGUGACAGCAGCUCACGCCGUAGCCGCUGCAGUUCAAAACAACCAGACCAAUUCGCCCACCACCCCAAACUCUGGUACUUCCGGUUCUUUUAACCUUCCUAAUUCUGGGGACAUGUUCAUGAACAUGCAGAAUCUGAAUGGGGAGAGUUACCAGGGGUCUCAAGUUGGAGCCAAUGUGCAAUCACAGGUAGGAGACAACAAAACAAAACAGAAAAAAAUAGGGGGAGAAAAAACCUUCCCACUUGCCAGCAGAGCCAAUGGAGGCUGGCAGGAUGCAACCACUCCGUCUUCUGUGACUUCUCCAACAGAAGGGCCGGGAAGCGUGCAGUCCGAUACCUCCAACUAAUCUCCAGAACGGUCCUUCCUCUUCCCCCUUUCCUGGCCCGCCAUGCGCUGAGAUGCCUUCUGCGUUCGUUCGUCGUCCCAGGAGGAAAAAGACAAGGAAAAAAAAAAAGGAGGGGAAAAAGAAAAAAAACCCCAAAGAAAACUUUUCACAGCCCACCGCGGAGAAUCCUUUUUUUUCCGUACCACUUUGUCGUACUGCAAAACUUGGGUGACCUUGUUUUUUUGGUGUGGUCAUUGAUAUAUCUCCAAAAAAAACACAAAAAACCACACACACACACAGUUUUACCUCCCCCGGAAGGUGUGAUUUUUAAACCUUUGUACUUCAGUCUCACCGAGAAGUGCGCCCUCGCUCCAUAUUAAGGGGAAAAAUAAACAAUAAACAAAGCAAGCACUUUAUCCAGCGGAGGCCAAGAUGGCGCGUGGUUUUUCUAGCGUUCUCCAGCAGAUUCUUUCAAAGGCGGCCACCCACUUGCGGUGUCCUCGGCUCGAAGAGGCCAUCCAAGACUUUAUUCUUAAGGAUAAACUCUAAAAGUUUGAUGAUCAGCACCAGACUUGAGCGGUGAUGUAGGGAGGAGGAGGAGGAGCUGGCAGACUUUCACCCGCACCCAAUUUCCAGCGCCUUUGGAAGGGAGAUGCCCAAAUCUUGGUUGUUGUUUUUUUUCAGAGCAAGGUGAGAAGCUCUUUUUUUUUCAAACCUUUUUUUUUUUUUUGGUUUUCUGCUGAAUUUUCUCCUUUCCCCGAGGAUGGUUUUCUUCCUUUUGAACCUUCGCAACUGAUGAUGGCACAGUCCUCUUCUCCUCCUCGUCUGUUGUCCAACACAGACCAUCCGUGUGAGGCGGAAGCGCUGGCUUUUGAUGUUUGCAAAUAUAUAUAUAUAUAUAUACAUAUAAUAUUUUAAUUUAGAUAUAUAGAUAUAUAUAUCUGAAUCAGGUUGCCAAGUGUGACAGUCGACGUUGAGUUGCAUCUGCCAAGGUUUGGCCAUCGCUCCUCCGUGCUGGCCGAUGGGUGUUGUAUAUAGUGUAGCUAAAAAGAAUAUUUAUACAUCUCACCAAUCAAAACACAGCUUUAUUACCUCAUGCGAACCAAUAGAAUCAUUCUUUAGCUUAGAGUGCUCACCUACUACCUCUAAACCAGCCUUCUUCAACCUGGGAUUCUCAAGAUAUCAUAGACCAAUCAGCUUCCACCAUCAUUGGUCCAGCCAUAUCUUCUGUCUGGGGCUGAUGGGAAUUGUAGUCCAACACACCCAGAGGGUGCUGGGUUGAGGAAGCCUGCUCUAAACAAUACUCACGCUGUAUUUUCUUUUUCUUUUCCACCUUCCCCUUCUUUAAUCUCUUCCCUCCUUUAUUAUGAUUAUGAUUAUUAUUAUUUUUGGAGUGUUUAUUUUUACCAUCUUGUAACUGACUCUUUUUUUUGUUCUUUCUUCAUGUAAUUGUACAUUGUAAUCUUUUAAAUAAGGAAAAAAGAAAAAAAAACUUUUUUAAAAAAGAAAAGAAAGACAAAAAAAUUCCAGGUUGCGUUUGUGACUUUUGAAAAAAAACAACAACAACACAGACCUGAUUCUAUAUAUAAAUAUAAAUAGAUAUAUAUAUAUUAAAACACACACACACACAUACAUACAAACACACACACACACACACCCCGGACACCCUUUGAAUCUUUGAAAUAGAAAUUUUGAGUUCUGACGCUAAACAGUCAAACUGUCUGUAAAUACGGAGAAACAUUUUGAAUGUUCUUUCAUCCUGUUACGAUCUUAAUUCACGCGAAAGAAAAAGAAGAAGAAAGAAAGAAAGAAAGAAAAGAGAAAAAAAAACCUGAAACCGAUAAUGGAUUGUAAAGCAGACCCGUUCUUUGAUAUUCAGUAUAUUUCACCCUGUAUAAUUAGGGAAAGGGUGGGUGGGUGCCCUUCAUUUUUUUCUUUCUUUCCUUUCUUUAUUUUUUUAUUUUUCUCUUUUAUAUAGUCUGUGAUUCUGAACCUGAUUGGCUGAAUUGCAAAAGAAAAA